AUGUCCACUGCGACAUUUUCGUCCAUCCCCUGGGUCGCUGUGCAGGACGAUACCUCGACUUCCAACACGGGAUGGUACAAACAUCGUGUUCCCUAUAUUUCGGAGGGGACUUACCUCCAAACCCUCGACAUUUGGAUUCCUGCCACGGACUCAACGAGUAAAGAGCCUCCUUCUCCGGACAACAUUCCCUCUGUGCCCGGUACAUGGGUGAUCUACAUUCACGGCGGUGCCUGGCGCGACCCUUUGGUAGAUUCAUCAUCUUUCACUGCCACUGCGCAGAAUCUCCUACGCCAGACCUCCACGUCUGAUGUUCUCCCAAUUGCCGGCAUUGCCUCCCUGAACUACAACCUCUCGCCUCACCCGCAUCACCCCACCCACCCCGCGCCGCCCGCCGACCCAUCACAGUCCCCCGACCCGGCGCGCAUGGCCAAGCACCCAGACCACAUCACCGACGUACUCGCUGCUUUGGCCUACCUACAAGGCAACCUUGGGGUAGCGCAUGACUACCUCCUGUCUGGCCACAGCUGCGGCGCAACGCUGGCAUUUGAGGUAGUAAUGGACAGGGCGCGGCUCGGUCUGGGUGAGGGCACGCCCGUCGUUGCAAGGCCCCGGGUGAUUCUGGGCCUAAACGGGCUCUACGACUUGCCACAGUUCCUGCGCGCCCCGGACGUGUCACACGAGAAGUUGGCCGCGCUCUAUGAAACGUUCACGCGAAACGCAUUCGGCGAUGAGGAGGCAAUAUGGGAACAAGUAUGCCCCGGCCCGGUGAAAGACUGGAAGAUGGAGUGGCCUGAGGCACAGAAGGUGGUGCUUGUGCAAAGCAAACAGGACACCUUGGUACCGUACUCACAAUUGGAGGGGAUGAGGGAGAGCCUGAAGACAAGCACGGCCGAAGUCACGGAGUUGGAGGCUGGCGGGGAUCAUAAUGACCUGUGGAAGUCCGGGGACAGACUCGCAAAUAUCAUAGAGACAGUGUUGAAGGACUGGAAAUAA